AUGAACUCUAUCUGGAAUUUGGUUCAUCCUUGGAUCGCUUUUCAAAAGAAGAGAAAGGCUAUCAAUUUUGAAGAAGAAGAGAAAAAUGUCGAAUAUAACAAAAUUAAGAUUUUUAUUGGAACAUGGAACAUGCACGGCAAGCUUCCUCCACCGAAUCUAGCGCCAUUCUGCGAGAGACCCAGCUAUGAGGCGCCAAACGAAUCCGGGGACAGGCCUUAUUGUUCUCCGUCGGCCGAACACCCAUACCACCUCCUCGUGAUAGGAACCCAAGAAUGUCAGCAUAAUAUCAGUCAUUCGGUAUUCUUUCCGUCAAAGGAGAUAUGGGAAAAUAGGCUCUGUGAAUACUUGGGCCAUUCAUACAAACUGGUGAAGACUGAAACUAUGGCUGCAUUGCAUUUGGCUGUAUUUGUAUGGAAUAAAUGCGUAGAUUGGAUAAUAGACAUACAGCAUGCUUCAGUAGCUACUGGAAUAGCCAAUUUGUUUGGUAACAAAGGAGCAGUUGGAAUAUCCAUACUAUUCGGGUAUACAUCCUUUUUGUUUAUAAAUAGCCAUUUAGCUGCUAAUAAGGGAAAACUGAAACAAAGAAACUGUAAUGUGAAGAAAAUACAGAGAGAGCUAAAAUUGAAAGGAUUUAAUAAGACAGAUAAAGCGCAGGAUGUCACUGAUCGUUUUGAUUACAUCUUCUGGUUUGGUGACAUGAACUACCGCGUAAAUCUAGAAAGGGCUGUAGUUGACGAGUAUCUGGAAGCUAAAGAUAUUCAAACGUUGCUAGAACAUGAUCAAUUGCUCGAGGAAAUGAAGAAUAACACCAUAUUCAAGAACUUUCAUGAAGCGCCAAUAGGAUUUACACCAACGUUCAAGUUUGAUAUUACUGACCAUGAAGAUUAUAGACAUAGUGGUCCGAUACCACACUGCUUGUCAUCACCUGCCAUUGUUCAGCCUCCGCCCGCAAAAUAUGAUACGAGCGAGAAGAAUCGCGUUCCAAGUUGGACAGAUCGUAUACUAUUCAAGACAAGAAUACCUGGAAAGGAUGCCAGAGUUAUAAGAUAUACGAGUCAUAUGGACGUAUUGGGAUUUUCAGACCAUAGGCCUGUAACAGGAGUGUUUUUAGUUGACUUUGAUUGGAACCGGACAGUGAACCAUCGACAAAAUGCUCACCCGCUACAGUUGAUAAGUAAGAAAGACAAUAGUAUUAUUAGCUAUUUUUCAUACAAUCAUGGAAACAAUAGCAGUAGCAUUCUAAGUUGUGAUGAUCAAGCAUCUAAUAAUUCUUAG